CGUAAACAAAAACAGAAAUUUCGGAACACUGAAGAAUUGUGUUGAAAUUUCAAUGUAAGAAUGAAUAAAUACACAGGAUUUAGUGACUUGUGUGUUCCUUACAACAGUUCGUCGAAAGAGCUACUAGGAAUACUGAAUGAAUUGAUCGAACUGGGAUAUAAGAAUGUUGCGAUUGAGCAAAUUUACGAUCACGACAGUAGCGACAAGAAAGGUGAUCCCAUCCCAGUUCCUAUUGAUCUUAAACCGUUGAGUAAAGAACUAGAUGGGCGGCUCCGGUUGCUGAACCGGUUGACCAUUAUCUAUACGGAAGGUACCAUUACGUUGGUCACAACUCGGUCGGUAAAUCUCCGCAGUUACAAUGUGGUGGCCGUGAUCCCCAGAACGUUGGACGCAUUUCAACACGCCUGUCAAACGAUGCCAUGCGAUAUCAUUUCGUACAAUUCGGACACCGUCCGGAACAGGAUGGCCAGGAAGUUCUACUUUGUAGCGGUCAAUAGAAAUAUAAUGUUUGAAAUCAAGUACGCUCCGGCUAUAGUUAAUUCGAACGAUCGGAAAGACAUUAUCAAUCGAUCUCACAAGUACCACUCCUACGGGAAGUCGAAGAAUGUUAUUAUCAGCAGUGAAGCGAGGAAUCGGUUCCAAGUUCGGGGACCGUAUGAUAUUGCAAAUCUUGGUCUAAUAUUUGGAUUGAGUGAGGAGCAAUCGAAAAAUUCGAUUCUCGCACUACCAAGAAAGGUGCUCAUUAGCGCGGAUUCUCGACGGCACGGAAAAGCAGGGUUGGUUGUGAAAAUUCGUCAGAAAGCUGUGGACAGCGACGACUAUUCAGACACGGAAGUUGAAGAGCCGAUCAGCGACAGCGAAGAAGAGGAGGAUGAUGAUGGGGAAGAUCAAGAUAUGGAGCAAGAAGAAGUCCAGGAACCCCCAAAGAAAAUUGCGAAAAAAUCAUGAGUGUUGAUUGUGUAAAUAUGAUCUUGAUUUUAAAAGCUCA